AUGCUCGCUGGAGCGUUUUUGCUGGUUUUCGGCGGCUGCUGUAGUAAUUUGCUGUUUCUGGAGCAGCUUCUGAAGCAGAACAGCGAUAUUGGUGACGUUUUGACUUUUGCUCAGUUUCUGGCCAUAACUAUUGAAGGUAUUAUUUAUUAUUCUGUCAGGAACCGCCGGUUACCCGAAGUGCGCAAGUGGCUAGUGCCAUCUUUUCUCUAUUUUGCCGUCAGUAUUCUGAACAACAAAGUCUGGAAGUUCAAUGUAUCUGUGCAAAUGCACAGCAUCUUCCGGUCGUCAAACUCUCUGGUGGUUAUGUUAGUAGGUCUCUGUGCAGGUCGGCGAUUUUCCGGGCACCAGAUGGCCGCGGUCGGCAUCAUAACUGCAGCGGUGGUUGCCGCGACACUGAGGAAACCGAGCGAGGGGUCCACUUUAGGGUUCUUUAUGCUCUUACUAGCGUCGCUAUUGAGUGCCUUUCAGAGUCUUUACGUUGAGAAAAUGCAGACGUCUGGUCGGGAAAUGAUGCUUAUGCUGCACUUGUGCAGUUUACCGUAUUUCGUAUUUUUUCAAAAGCAGAUACAAGACCAAUGGUCUAGAAUCACCAAUUUGAAGCUGCUGCUUGCCAAUUGCCUAACGCAGUGGGUUUGCGUUGCUGGCGUGAACCAAUUAGCCCCGGCAGGCGCCUUGACGACCAGCGUCGUGCUGACCCUACGCAAGUUCGUUUCCCUGGUGCUGAGCGGGUAUCUUUUCAAUCAGUUUUCAUACACGUUAUUUAUCUGUGGCAUUAUUGUUUCUGUUGGCGCGAUAUACUACGCCAAAGCACCGCGAGUUCCAAAUCAAUUGAAAAUGAAACAGAGUUGA